AUGGAAGUAAUUCCAGUACCUAAAGAAUUUAAAUGUAGAAAUAAUCAUUGUAUUAAAGAACGUGAUAAAUAUUUAACACCUCAUAAAUUAGAUAAUAUAUAUUGUUAUUUAUUAGGUGGGGAUAUUAUGUUUGAUAGUGUUGGCGGUAGAAGUAGUAAUAACCGUGACAAAAUCGGAAAGCCACCAAGUAAAUUCAAAGGUGGUUCAUUUCAAGUUAAAAUACCAAAUAGCUCAGAUUAA